AUGAUGAGUAUUUACAAAAAAGUGGAUUUUUAUGAUCUGUGCCGACUAUGCAUGUGUGUAGGCGGUAAGAAAUUUGAUCUGUUCAAAAGCCCUCAAAGUUCCGAGAGACAGUUACCGUCAAAGUUGAAAAAAUGUAUACCCCUACAGGUAAGUGAUAACGAUAUAAAAUGUUUGUAUGGUUACCACCGGAUAUACGGUAUGUUAAAAUCGCAGGUUUUUUUUCUUGUGCACAAUUCUAAUCAAUGCAAUUUUAUUGCUUGGCAAAUUCUUAAAAAUGUUAAGAAUAAAUACCGAAUUGUAAACUAAGGAGUUUUUGGGUUCAAAAAAAAAAAAAAAUGUCAAAAUAUCGAAAAACCACCCUUAUUUUUUCUAUUCCACUCCUUUACCCGAUUCACGUUUACAGUCAAAAUAUCUAUUUUCCAAUUCCCCUCAAUAAUAUGUGAAAUUUCCUACAUUUUUACGUAUGUCUUAUGGCAAUAUGAUUUCAUUAUCAAUACAGCGGCGUCAAAAUAUCAAAAAACAAUAAAUAGGGUUUUAUUAGUUAAAAUUUCGAUUUUUGAAUUUUCUGACCACUUUUCGUAAUAUUGUAUUGUUCUGCAACUGUAAGAUCAUUGUUUAUAUUUUAUGUUAUAGUUUGUAUCAAAGAGACCUAUUAUACUUAGUUCAUUACAUUAUCUAUUAUACAUCUGUAUUUUAAUUUAAUAUUCUACAUUAUUUUAUGUAAUGUGAAAGGAAACAUCGCAUCGCAUAUUAUUGUGGGUAAUUGAAAAUAAAUAUUCUGACUGCAUAAUGCGAAUGAGAUUCAGAAGGCGAAGAGAAAAUAUAGGAAUGGUUUUUCGAUAUUUUGAUAUUUUUUUUUUUCCAAAAUAUAUAAAGCACUUUAUCAAACCAAUUGUCUAUAAUGUUUUCAUAGGUGUAAAUUUGAUACUUUAAAAACGUGAUUUAUAUGUUGGUACGCAUAGAAAUAUUUUUAAUUAGAUAAAUUUAAUAUAAUAUAACAUCAUGAGUAAAUUAUGUAUGGCCCAUGGGUUCAGCUUUCAUUUUUAUACUUAUGGCGUUUUCUUUGCGUUUCACAUAUUAUAUUAUAAAAAUUAAUGUUAAUAAUAUUAGUAGUUUAUGCGAUCAGGGUCUAUGGAUUACUUGUUUAAUCAAUUUAAUAAAAUACUUUUAUUUGUUUACAUAAUAUCUAAAUGUUACAUAUAUAUAUUAUAAUAUAUUUGUAUUAAUUAUUAUUGUUAUUAUUUCGUCUACGAAACGAUAUUAUAGGUGCUUAGUGAUUGGUGUUAUAUGAAUAUAAUAUAUAUUAUGUAAAUAACUUCAAUACUUGCUGCUAAACAAAUUAUUAUUAUUGGGAUGAUACUUUUAAGGAUUAUUUUAUAAACACUAAUUUCUUAAUAUUUAUUUUUUAUUCAUAAUUCAUUCAAUUGAUUAUUUAUAUUACAAAUAAUUAACCUAAAUUAAAAUAAUUAACUAAUAUACCUAUUUAUAUUUUGGUACUUAAUACUAGAUAAUAGACACUGCAUACAUAUUACAUAGAUAACAUAUUAUAUAGAUACAAAUUAUCUAUAUAAAUUAAUUAUUUACAGAAUAAUUUAUUAUUUAUUGGGAUGAUAAUACUUUUAGAAUUUUUACAAUUAUUAAUUACGCUUACAGGCUUAAAUUGGCUAGUUAACAAAAUAUGACUGAGCGUAAAAGUAUUUGAUUGGCUAUUGAUAUUUUUUUGUUGUGAUUAUUUGUACUUUCUAGUCAAAAAUAACAAUGUAAAUGAUUAUGAUCAAUCAAAUGAAAAUAUUGAAAAAUAUAUGAAAAAUUCAAAUUCAUAGAUUAUCUUAAUAACUAUUACAAAAGUAUUUCUUAGAUGUUCAUUAUUUAUUAAAGUACUUACCUACCUACCUUUGGCAUUAAGAUGUAUCUAUUCAUUAAUUUUACGGAUUUGGAUACUUAAUACUAAUAUAUAAAGUAUAAGGAUACUGUGACCUUUAUACUUAAUGCCAUAAUUCAUUAGUUCUUCUUUUUCUUCUACACACAAUUUUAUUCUUUUGAUUUAUUAUUAUAUUUGAUUAUACAUUUCGAAAAUAAAAUAAGUACUAUGCAUGAACAAAAAUUAUUAUCACAGAACAAUAAUAUUAUUAAUUAAAACAGUUGAGUUGUUGGGUACUGAAAUGGACAUAGACCAAGUAUUGUAAUACUCACUUUAUGAUAAUGGACCAUUAAUGCGUUAGCCCCUAUCAUCUUGAUAACCAGAGUGUUAAUGAACCUAUAACCGAUGAUUGUAAUACUGUCCCUUAAUAACAUAUAUAUAUAUAUAUACAUUUUUUUUUUAGAUUAAAGAAAAAGAUACAUUACCGAAAGGAAUUUGUGAAAGCUGUGUUGCAAAAGUAGAAGAAUUUUAUAAUUUUUUAGACCAAUGUGUGAAUACAGAAUCUACACUAAAAAGCUAUUGUGCAACUCUUAGUUUUUCUGAUCGAUUGAAAUGCCAAGGAAAGGUAAGUUUUACUUAUUUAUAAGUAUAUUUUAUAAGUAAAAACUAUAUUUUGGUAAAAUGUGUGUUUCUGCAAAUUAAGCUACAUGUUCAAAAUUCGUCCUGCUAAUCUUACUAAUUAUAAUAUGCGCUUAAUACCAAUUUUAAAUCAUUAUUUUGUGUAAACAUACGUAUAUUUUCAUUUCUAAAUAAGUAUCAAAAUAGCCCCCUUUAACUAUAAAGAACAUCAAAUUGUUUUCACCAGAAUUUGUGUAAAUUUUAAAGUAAAACUAUUUUAUUUCCAGGUUUAUGUACGAGAGCUUGUACAAAAUAAUUUGAGUGACAAUUCUGAAAGUCAGGAGAACAAUGAUACCUCUGAUCAUUCAUCAACUAUGGGUACAAUGCAAAGUCUAUCCAAUCUUGUUCAGUCUGGUUCUAUACAGAUAGUUAAUGAUAUAAAUAGCCGUUAUCAAGACUUUAGUAAAUAUGAAGUACAGGUUAGUUAGCUAUUAUUAAUUUUAAUAGAAUGUAUUUUUAGUGGUGGAUCACCCUUGUUCGCUUUUAGAUUGAUUUUUAUCAUAAAUAUUUGUCUUAUAUGAAUUUUGAAAAUUGUACUACUAUCUCACCUUUCCAUUGUUUGAUUCUGGAUUCUUCCCUGGUAUUAUUUUGGUUGAUUUAUUACACAAUUAGCAUAUAUUAAAUUGUAUUAGUACAAUCCUUUUUUUUUUUUAUUUAAUAAAAUAAUAGUUGAGCACAAUUUGCACAUUUUGAUACUUUUAUUUUUAAAAUAUGCUAGUUAAACUACUUAUUUUGUAUUUAUUUUUUUUCUUACAAUAGUCAGCUAUAACAAGUUCAACUAAUGGAGUUGAAUCAAUGAAAUACAACUACACAAUGGCUAAUUCAAAUCAGUCUACUCUAACAGAUUCAUCCAAUGAAGAAAAUGAUGCUAGUGAAAACGUUCAAACAAUUUAUUCUGUACCGGUAAGUUGAGAUUUUACCACUGAAUUAGGUCUAAAAUUUGUUUUUUACCAUUGCAUAUGUCAGUGGUUUUAAACCAGUGUACUGCGUGCGUUGUUGAAGUAUGUCACAUUAAAUCAAUUCAUAAUAGUUUUAUGGGUUUGUAUUUACUGGCAUAGGCGUCAAUUGAAGUAAAAUCAUCUUGAAUAAUAUUUUUAAUUCAAUUAUAGUCUAAUAAAGUGUCCCACACUUCAUAAAUUGGUCGACCAUCAGUCAGGUCUUAUUUAAUUGUUCAUUAGAAUUAAGUAGACAAAUAUUAAAUAAGUUUAGAAUUAUAAGUAAUCCGUUGAUUGAUAUAAAUAUGUACUUAUAUACUUUCAAAUUAGCCAAUAGUAUAAUUAUUACAUUUGUGUGAUCAUAUGAAAAAAAGCAAGAAAAUUAUACUUUAUUUUUAAAAUUACUCUUACCGUAGCGUAGUUAUUAAUCUGUAACCCCAAUAAAAAUGGUAGGUUAGGAGUUGAUACCCCUAGUUACACCAUAAUGGCGCCUAUGUUUAGGUAUAAUUAUUAUUAUUGACAGUCGGUGACAACUGACAAAUAAUAAACAUAAAGAUAAGAUUUUAGUUUCAUUAUAUAAACAUUAUAAUGUAUACAAUAUAUAUUUAUGCUAACACAUCUUUUCAUCAUUGUAUUAAUUUAUUUCACAACUAACCCUGUAGUAGUAUUGAGUAGACUGUAAACUGUAAGUUCUCAUAUUUAUAUUAUUAUAUGGAUUAAUGUGCCGUGAAAAUUAUUUAGGAGUUAAAGUAUGGCACAUUGUUAAAAGGGUUGAAAGCCAGUACUCUAUGUGAUAAAUUUAGUAAGCUAAUAAUAGUAAUUUGUCUGUUACAUUUAUAUUUUAUAUUAAACAUUUAAAAUGCUUAGUUUUAGAAUAUAACUAAUUUAGUUUAAAAUUUUGAAUUCCACUUGAAAUUAAUGUUUCAUAAUCACAAUAACUAAAAUGAUAAUCAGAAUUAGGAUAUUAAUAGACUUUUUUAGGAAGUACUGUACAGUCAAUGUGUCAAAUCAAAAUGUACAAUCUAAAACCUUACUACUAAUUUCUUUUAUACUACACUGAUUUUAAAUGUACACAUUUUAUUUCUAGUUUCUACAAAUUUCAUUUUUUCAAUGUUUUACAAACUUUUAUACUUUGCAAUAACUAUUAACGACAAAUAUUUAAAUGUUGCUACGUAGUUAUGUUUACAUUAACAUCUGAUUAUAAUUUAGGCAAAAUUUAAUACAAUGUUAUAUUUUUAGGAUAUUCCUAGUCCUGAUAAAGAUGAUUCAGAAAUGAAUAUGCAUUCCUUAACAUAUGUAACUCCUUUAACUGUUGAACCAGAAAUGCUUCAUUUUCAAUUUGAUAAAUCUGAGUGAGUUAUUUUCCAAAAAAAAAUUUGAAUUUAUUUAAAAUAUAUUUGUUUAACUUAUUGUUUUUUUAUUAAAUGUAAUAUUUGUUUAGAAGUAAUGAUCAAGAUUCGGAUUUAGAUAAUAGUAAAUCUGAAGUGGCUGACGAGAUAAAAUCAUAUAUGAACGGGUUUUUAUCAACACAUAGUGCUCUUGUAUCAUGCACUGCAUGUGGAAAAGUUUUAGAAAGUGAGAAAGAAUAUAUGAUGCAUAGUCAAACAUGUGGAGCUAUAAGUCAUCGGAAUAUUCAUAAUGUACCAACCAAAAAUUCAAGGGAUAUGAUGCCACCACGGUUUCCGUGUGACUCAUGUGAUAAAAAAUUUAAAAGAAAAGAACAUUUAAUUCAACAUAGGAAACUUCAUACUGGUAAAUAUGUUGUAAUAUAUAGAUAUUUUAUAUUAACUAUAAUGAGAUUUGUAAUUGUCUUAUUGAAUAUAGAAUUCAAAAUUUAAUGUGAAUAAUUUUAUAUGUUAUAAUAGCUUAGUAAAAUUAACUACUUGACUUAAUAUAGCAUCUUCAAAAUUUCCAUAAUUAUUAUAAUAGUUAAGUUGCAAAAUUUAUUUAAAAAUUACUCAAGUUCAUUACAGUAUAAGUGUUAUUUUAUUCAAUGUCUUUUUAGUUCACUGCUUAUGGUCUUCAUGUUGCAAUCUGGGAAGUGCAGUUUUUGAAUUUUUAAAUUAUUUAUCUUCUAUAGUUGCAACAUUUUAUGGGGAUGUAAAAAAAGUUAGUUUCAUAUUAUUUACAAAUUACUUUUACUUCUAUCAUGGGGUAAUAAUAAAAAUGUAAGAUCUAGAUAUCUAACUAACAUAUCAUUUUUUAGAAACUUAUAAUUAGGGUUAGGAUGUAUAUGCACUUAAAAUUCAUAAAAAGACCCUAAAAACAUCAAAAAAAGGCCCUGAAAGAUAACUUAUAAAAUAUUUAAAAGAGCAAUAAUGGUAGGGGUUUGAAAGUUUCUCUCUGUAAUGAUUCUAACAUGUUAUAAAUCAUUUUUUAACUACAAAAAUGAUUAUUUCAAAGUAAUUUUAGAUUCUGAGUGGAGCGAGGAAUGUCCUGGUUUUACAAUGAUGUUAAAUUUUUUAUUCAUUUUUUUUUAUGUGAACACUUUCUACCAGAAAGCAUACUCCGAUUAUUAAGCACCUAAAAACAUUAAAAGCACCUUUUCUAAAAGGAAAUGUUCUCUGGUUAGUACUUUAGAGAAGUCAUUUUUUGAAAUACUCAUUAUUAUUCAAGAUAAUUAGGAAAACCUCGGUCUUUAGGUUAAAAAAAAUUAAAAGAUUAAAAGCAAGGUUGUCAAUUGGCAACUGUUUUUUUUUUUUGUUAUUAAGUUUUUAUUUUUUUAAUUUUUUGUUUUAAAUCAUUGUUGUCAUAGAAAUUCACAGGGGAAAUGCAAACGGGAAAAUAUACUAAAUGUAGGUACUAGUUAAAAUAUAUUAUGGCCCUUUUUUUUUUUUUUGGGCACAACUUUUUUACCAGCAAUUUUGCUCCAACUUUUAAUAAUAGCAAUGUUUCUAAAAAGAAAUUUCAAUUGAGAAGUACUUUAGAGAGGUAAUUUUUCAAUUUUCUCAUCAAAUUUGAAAAACCGGGAAAACUGGAAAAAUUGGUACAUUAAACAAAUUUUACUAAAGAAAAUAUAUAAAGCCUAUUUAAUUAUUUUACUAUACAAUGAUAUAUAUAUUGUUGACUAAGCAUCACUAUCAACUGAACUCUGCUCAGAAUCGUUGUUCAUAAGCAAUGGUUUAUCGUUGCUUACAGAUAUACAUACAAUUUCCAUCUAUAUCCUACCUUCACAAAUUCCCACCUACACCAGUGGCUGCGCCUGUCCCCAUUAUUUUUCUAUGGUUUCUUGCAUUUGAUUUUUAGGGGAGCGACCAUACAGCUGUGAGACCUGCUUAAAAUCAUUUAGUCGUAAAGAGCAUCUUAUGAGACACAUGUUGAGUCAUACAGGUCAACGAUUAUAUGGUUGUGAUUUAUGUCAUAAACAUUUUAGUCGCAAAGAUAAUCUUCAUAAACAUCGAACUACACAUGGAGUGACUGGACCUCUUGUCUGUAAAAUUUGUGGUUAGUCUUUUAUUAUUCAUGUUUCUAAAAUUUAAUAAAACAUUAAUGUUAACAAUUUUUAUUAUAUUAGGAAAAUCAUUUAUAGUAAAACACUACUAUGAUAUGCAUAUAGCAACACAUAAUGAAAUUGAGGAUAGCCAGUUGCUAUACAUAUGUGAUAUUUGUAAAAAACAGUUUGAUACAAAUGAAUUUUUACUCGCUCAUCGCUUCAUGCAACAUACAAAAAGUUGUAAAAAUGAAAUAUUAUCUGAGUCUGGAAGUAUUAAUGAAGAAUUACAAAAUGAAGUAAGUAGAAUUAAUUAAAAGUUUCUUAAUUAAGUACUUUUCACAUUUUAUAACAGUAUUUCUAAUUUAUGCAACUAAUUCACUGUUUUAUAUUAAAUUGAAUUAAUACAAUUUGUAUUUUAUUAUUUUAACUACUAUAAUAUUGUUAUUGUAACCCAAAAUUUUUAUUAUAAAUGUAUGUAAUUAUAGGUUGACAAUCAACAAGAUCAAAAAUCAUUUUCCAAUGUGCCAAAUACAUAUCAAGUAUCUUACGAAGGUAAUAAUUUGUAAGUAAUCAUACACACAUCAAAGCUGUGGACUAACUAAUUAAAACGUUAGAAUUAAGGUUAAAAAGUUACUCUUGUGAAUAAUUUUAAAAUUAAUCAGUUAGUUAUUAUACAUAUUUAACAUUUGUUUCAUUUUUACGAAAAAGAAAAUUCUAUAUUCUAAAUAUUUAAACAAUAUUGAUGUUUUAGUAAAAUACUUUUGUAUUUUAAUUAAUAUUAUCUAAUAAGCAGAGCUCAAAGUUAGUACUAAUAGAAAUUAAUUUUUAAUACGGCAGCUCAAAAAUGCAACAAAUCCUAUAAUUUUAGUACAAUGCAACUGACACGGUUUUAUUAUAAUUAAUUUAUUGGAAACAAAUGGAAUUUUACUAUGUGAUUAGCGAUAACGACUAAAUACAGUCAUCUUUUGUGAAUUCGUUUAGACAUAUUAUUUUAAAAUGAAAAUAGUUUGUUUAAUUUGCAUAUUCAUAUGCAGCUGUUGGGUACAAAUUUUUUUUUUAAAUAUCACUUUAUUAAAAAAAAUUUGAUUUUCUUUUAGCAAUAUAUUUUUUGUUUUCUUUAUCAAUUUAAUAUUUUUUCAUUCUAUUGAAAUAGUGCCUAUAAAUAGCACUUAAUAUUCUAAAUAAGCUAUAUAGCUCUAUAAGUCCUAAAUAUACAAUACGAUAGUAAAGCAAAUUUUAUAUAUAACACCAGUAAAGUAUAAAACGAUUUAUUACUCAUCGUGAAUGAUCUAGAUUUUACCAAAAAAAAAAUAUGGAAAUGGUAAUUUUUCAAGCCUACAAGUAAUAGUUAUGAAAAAAAAAAUUAUUUAGAAAAAAUCAGAUUAUGCAACCUAAUUUAUAAAUAAAGUUUAAUUUUUGAAUGAAGUGGUUUUUGUUUUAUGUCAAAAAAAAAACACUUCUAAUUUUGUUUUAAUUUUGGUUUUUAUUUUCAUCAAGUAACUUUUAACUUGAAUAAUUAUGAUGUUAAUUUAAAACCUGUAUAAAUGUAUUGGUUUUUUUAUAACGACUAACUUAACUUUUAUAAGUCGGAAUAUUUGGGUAAUUAGUCUAUCUUUGCAUACUAUACAAGACAUUGUCUAAAGCCCAAAAUGUUUAGGUUUUCAGGGUGAUUAUUAUGGGUUCCUACAAACAUUAGUUUAAGAUAUUAAUAAUUUUGUUUUGUAUGUUAAAUGUAAAUUACUAAAACCAAACACCAAAUUUUAUGACUUGAAAAUUUAACUUAUAUUUAAAAUAAAAUUAUUUUUUUAUUUUUUUUUUGUAAUUGGUGCUUUUGCCAAUAAUAUAUAUAAUUAUGAUUGUAUAACGAAUCAAAAUGUAUAAAUUGACAUAUUUAUGUAUUCUAUUAUUAUACGAAUUAUCACAUUAUUAUUAUUAAGUUAAGUGCCUUAAGCAAAUAACAUUACAAAGAAUGAUAUUAUCGACAUAAAUCGAGGACAGGUCCUCAAAACAUAUAUUACAAUGUAGAUGGUUGAAUGUUCCACACUUUUAUUACUUUUGCAGUUUUGUUUAUUAUUGUGUUAAAAUCCUAUUGUUUUUUUAUGUUAAUGAUGAUUAUUAUGAUGAGAUAUUUAACCAAUAAUAUUAUUUUUAUAAUGAAAACAUGUACAAAAUAAACCAAAAAAAAAGAAAAGAAAAGAAAACUAGGUGAAAAGUUAUUUUAAAUUCAUUAACAGACUGAUUUAUAUACUAAGAUAAACUUAGACAAUUGAAUUGCUCAUUAGAAUGUAAUAAAUGUUUUUAACACUAUUAUGUAUUAACUUUUGUGUUUUUUGAGUAUAGAAAAUUAAUGUUUGCUAUUGUAUAAUUUUUGAAAAAAUGAAAAAUGUUUAAUUUAUAUUUUAAGUCUUUAAAAAAAAAAAUUAUUAAUUUUUAAACUAGUAGAAUAUAUUUUUUUAUUAUUCAGUUUGCCAUUCCAGAACUUAAUUUAGAUUUAGUAAAAUUUGCGUUUUGAUUUGUAUAUUUUUUUUUUCAUUUUUGGCCAUUGAAAACUUGUAUUUCAUUGUAAUAAAUUAUUUUUGAAUAAAUUAUGUAAACAAGUAUUUUUAAUAAUUAAUUUUCGUAACAAUUUAGGUUCAGAUAUAUGAAAAAUCUGGUGUUCAAGUACUUUAUAUAGAACCAUAAAACAUGAUUAAAAGUAUAUGACUAUUGCUCUGAAACUAAGUAAUUUCAAUGAAAAAAAAAGUUUACUGAGUAGAUAAUUACAAAGCUAAAAAUAGUUUACACCUAUGAAAGCAGAGCUAAAAGUAACAAACCUUAUGACUUAUGAGAGUUCUGUUCUCAGCAAAGUAUUUUUCUAUUUUUUCAUAGCUUUUUUAUAUUGAAAAUAAUAAUUAUAUUUAAAUAUUGUUACCUCCAGGGUUUGUAUUCAGUAUAACAAUGAUUCAUUGAUAACUUUUCUUCAAGCGCAUUUUAGUAUUUCACAACAAUAAUAAUGUUGUCGAAAUUGCAAUAAACUAAUUGAAAAAUAAAAAUGUUUUGGUAGUUCAUUUUUUUAAACUUUUUAGAUACGCUGCUAAAUAAAAAAUAUAAUUUCAAUAAAACUUUGGCGCAUUAUUAUAUUUGUUUUUUUUUAAAAAAACUUCUUAAUGAUUUACAGGUAUACAUAUAAUUAUUUGACUGAUUUUUCGAAGAUUAAGAAUCCAGACUUGUUGUUUAAUAAUAAUAUUAUAUAGGUAAUAAUAUAGUUAUAUUGAUAUGUUUUCACUACUUACCGUUUCUGUAGCCCAUGGUUACUCACGUAUCUAUUAUAUUUACAAUCAAGACUUUCAACGGCAACACCACUCGGACAUGUUUAUUUAUAAAUUAUUAUUACCGCCCACACCACCUGUAGUAUGUACAAAGCUCUAGGACCGAGUUGACGUGCGUCGCGAGUGAUUUCUGUUUAUUCACAUGUAAUAUUUUAUUUUUCUCGUGCGUUGUAUAUUAUUACAGUUUUUUCAUUAUUCUUUUUCCUUCCCUUGUAGAGUUUUCUUUUUCAACGACAUUAUUUUGGAAAUAUUCGAAAAUUGGACCGUUCGACGCCAUCGCAAGGUACCUAUUUUUCGUUUUUUUCGCUAUCAAUUUUCUAAAGAUUCUUAUUUGCGAUCCGUUUUAUUCGCUUCGUAUUGCUGGUAUCAGUAAUAUCGGCUUUUCCAAUACCAACGAAAAAAAUGCAUAGUUUUCCUGAACCGUGAAUUUAACGUUCAUUCGUUUUUGUGAUUUUGACCAUGGUAGUAUUUGGAAUCGUAAUUCGUAUGUAUUGGGAAACAUUCGAAAUCGAAAUGUGAAAUUAAACCGUGCCUACUAUUCGUGUAGGUAUUUCAAACGUGAACAAAACUACUAAUAUUAUGUUAAUACUGCACUAAUAUUCUUUUUUUCAGGUAGGUAUUAAUCCGGAAUAAAUAUAUCACUAGUGAUGGCAUAGAUAUGUGCGAUUUUCUUACGAGGAGAUUAAUGAGGUUAGCAUUUUUCAAUCGAAUAAAUAUAAAUGCACAGAGACAAUAAUUGCAUACCCCACCCUCCCCACUCUCAUUGCAGUAUUUCGCCUUUAGUUAUUACUUGCAUAGGUACCUUUAUUAUUCAGGGUAAAGAAUGGUCCAAACUCUGAAAAUUUUGAAUUUUGAAUUUUUCUUAUGGUAGUAACUUAAAUCGCACUGUAUAGACGGGCAUGAAAUGCCGUAACCUUCACCCAAAAAUGUAUUUUAUUUAGAUCAAAAUAUUUGUUAAAUUUGAUUACUUAUAUUUUUCUAUUUGAAAAUGAGGUUACUUACUAUUUUUUUAAUAUCUAUUUCAAUAAUAUGGAAGGUUUUUCUGAAAACAGUAAAAUAUGAAAACGUCUGUGUAGGUACUUACCUUAUAUAUUGCAUGGUUCACAGUUCACAGACAAUUCAGACAUCUUUGUUUUUGAAGAAAGUUAACCUGAAUAUUUAGUAUUUAGCAGUUUUAGAACAACUGUCUCGUUUUAUUGGAAUAUCGAGUUCCGCAAACUAUAAAUCAUACAAUAUUAUUAUAAAUAAUUUUAGGAUACAAAAUUUUAGCAGUAAAUUUCGAUUAUUAUGAUUUCUGUCGUAGUUAGAGUAAAUUAACUCGCGAUUGCAAAUAUUACGAACACCUAUGUUAUAAACACUCCAUUGUAUUAAAAAAAUAAAAUAAUAAUCCUUUAGUUGAUGUCCAUAUCUUUUAAAACCUAACCCAAUUACUUUUUAUAUAGAAUAUCAUAUCCAACGCAAAAUCAGUCUAUUCAGUUACAGAAGGGGGACGUGGAAAAAUCGCUACUUGGUUGGUAUAGCUUUAUAUUUGACGUCACGUCUAGUUGUCGAUCGGUAUGAUCAAACUAUAGGUACUUAGCCGAUAAGGUUACAACCCAAAUAGCGCUAGAAUCCAGUGGUGGGUUUGAUUCAUCUUUUAAAGGAGGGGGGCAAUAUCCUUUUGGUCCAAAAAUUAAACUUUUAACUAACAUAACCAGACGUCAGUCAAUGUGACCACUGACCGCUUAAUGUGAUAGCACUACUAUCUACAGAGACUGUGAUUAUAAUUUAUUAACACUGUACUUCUAUUCAGAUUUCUGAAAGAAAUUAUUAUUUAUAGGUAGUUUGAUGUCUAGGGAGACCAUAGCCCCCAUGUCGCGCCUGAUAGGAUCUCCAUAGGAUAUAGUGUUGAUCGUACAAUAGGAUAAAGAUCAACUUUCAGUUAACUUUUGUGUACACUCAAUAUGAACAUCAAAAUGUCCACAUUUUUAUCUAUUUAAGAAUUUAGAAUGCUCUCCAGUCUCCAAUGAUAUCGUUGGAAUAUCAGACUUGGAUAUCUCGAGGACAUUUAGCAAAAUGUUCUUAGUGCAGCCAGAUGUCCACUGAACGUUUUUGAUUAUUGUACCUUUUGGAUAUUCUAAGAAAAUAUAAUAAUAAAACAUAAAACACGUUUAAAAAAACACUACCUUUGGAAAAAAGUAUCGACGGACGAUAUGUAAUUAUUUUGUACAAUAGGCAUCACGUGAAAAUAGUACUCGUAAUCGAUAAUUCUUAUAUCUACAGAAUGUCUAUUAUAACGCAACAGUAUUAUAGGUAGGUACCUAGUUUUUUAAUUUUCACUCAUCAUUUCGAUUUUCAGCAAUUAUAUUUUUGAACGAUUCCUUUGUUGCACACUUCCAAGUUGUAGUAUACUUACUCGUAUCGGAUAGGUAGGUAUUUGCUAUUACGCUUUUAAUAUAAUAUAUCUAAUUCAUUUAAUUUAUUUCACCUAUAUAAAAUACAUACACCGUGAAACAAUAUAAUAGGUGUAUAUAUAUGUAAAAUUGACGUUCGGAAACUUCAUGGUGUGUGGAAGUGAUGGCGAACGAUUUUUUUUUUUUUUUUUAAGUACGAAGGGUAGGGCAAAACUGCAGAGGGUAAGUGUGUAUGUAUAUAUAGGACUUGGCAUAUAAUAAUAGUGUAAAUUCGUAAAAGUAUGUACAUAGGUAUGUCGUAUGUGUGUGUACUGAUUGUGUUUGACAUAUUAUUGUGUAUAACAACGGGCCAAAUGUGUCUAUAUAUAUAUAUAUAUAUAUAUUACGAUAAUGUAUACGAUUUUAUUGAUUUCAGCCAAUCGAAUAACGUUUGCGAAACCCUCCCAGCUGUUGUCGCCGUAACCUUUAAAAACCGCGAAAAACCCGUUUUGACGUCCAGACGCCGUUCUCGUCUUUGCUGAUGGCUUUUUUCCCCAAGUUGAGCUCCAAACGAAACUCGCGACUUUCGGCAUCCGUUUUGUUGAGUUCGAUACACUAUUACUAUUGUUGGCUACCCACUAUACUGGCACUACUAUAAUUAUAUUGGUUAUUUUAGGAGAAAUAUGCGAGGCGUGCGGGUUAGACGACGGAUAUCGGGAGAAAUAGUCAGUGUGAGCAUAAGAAUGUAGAUAUAACUAACCUUUGAAUUUGCGUGGAAUGUAAAGGCAAAAUAACUUUUUGUCGAUUUUGCGAUAUUGCAGCCCGAAAGUCGAAAGUAAUAAUAAUAAUAGUAACUACCAGUAGCAUACCCAGGAAUUUUCAAUAGUAGAGGACUAUAAUAAAUAAUAAUCACAACUCAUAAAUAAAUCGAAAAAUCUAUUCUUCUGUUAUAGGUAUUAAACUUGAAAAUGAGAGUAUUUAAAAAAACCGGAUCCAAGAGAGCAAAUUUAUGUUCAAUAAAUCGCACGUUUUUCCUUGUAAUUUGGGUUAAAUACCUACCUAUAUAAUUUCAAGAUAAAAUUAUACCUACUAAAUAAAUGCUCAUAAUAUAGUUGUUAUAUUUUUAAGCCAGUGGAUGGGGAGGUAUAUAACCCCUUAACCUCUGCUCGCAUGGACCAGUGUCGGCCUGGCAUAUCACGGGCCCCUAAAGCAAUUUGUUUUAAGCGGCCCUAUAGAUGAAAAUCAAUGCAAUAUUCGGUUAAAAGUCGAAUUUAUUGGUCGAUCAUAUUUCUAAAAAAUAACAAUGGAUUUCGCAGAGACAUAUAUAUAUAUAUAAUAUGUUGUAUUGACAAAAGUGAUUUUCAGCGACAUUACAGUUUUCAGCAAUUGGUGUGUAAAUUUACUCGCUCACGCGGUUAUUAUAAUAAAUUAAUAAUGUGAUAUUUGAGUGCAGUCUGCUGUAGUCUACUAAAAUCUAAACAAUACUAUAUCAGUUUAUUUAAUCUCUGCAUAAAAAACAGUCAGUAGUUAAAUGAAAAUAUUUUAUAAAUUUUGGACUUCGAUGGGGGGUCCCUUACAGGCUGCAGACACAAAUACUUCUGGGGGCCCGGGCCGCGUUCGCGGUCUAGUGGUCAUGGCCAGACCGACUCGGCCCCAUGCACACGCCACUGAUGUCUACCAAUAUUAGGCGUGUUUCUUCACUGCAUAAUAUUUUCAAACAGUUAAGUCUUACGGUUAUAUAUUCCAGUUAGUAGACAGUUACUAAAUCAUCGAAACAUACAUUUGUAAAUUUGGUUACUGAAAUAAUUGAUAACACUAUCACAAUCGAGAAAUAAAAAAUAUAAUUGAAAAACUAGGUACCUAUCAUAUUUUUUUUGUCAUCGCGUUUUUGAUAUUAAUAUUAUAACAAUUAGUUAUUACGGGCAUAAUAUAACCCGAUGUUGAUAUUAAUAACAUUAUCGAUCAUAAUCAUGUUGAAACCUAUAUGUCAUCCGAAAAAUGUAACUGGGUACAUUCAGUAAUUCGGAAUAAGCAUUUUUGCCCGAAAACUAAUGUUAAAGAAUGGAUCAUAAAGUACAGUGUACCUAUAUACUCGUACUAUCCAUAAUAUCUAAAUAUAGGUAGGUAACUACCGUAGUAUCCCAGAAACGUUUUACAAUUUACUUGAUUUUCUUCAACAAGGUUCACCGGAUUUUUGACGACAAGAUUGUGUUGAUAUAUAGGUUAAUGAACGAAAUUAAGAGUAUUUUCCAUUUACUGUCAAUAUUAGUGUAUAAUAUGUAUAAACCGGUAUUUUCCAAACUGAGAGCUGCGACCUUUUGAAAUUGUGAUGGAUCACCGUUUACGAUGAUCCGUACGGAUACCUGUGAAGUAGUAACUCUUUUGAUUAUGAUUCGUUUUUUGUAUAACCCAUCAUUCUGUGCCACAAUUAAAAAAAGUUUGAAAACCACUGGUAUACAUUCUAUAAGCGCGUUUUAUUAAAUUAAAAAUUAUUAUUGUUAUUCAUCUGUUCAUCACAAGUGUUUAUCUUCGUCCAACUAGUUAACGAACACCAGUAAACCCUCUUGCCAACUCGUAAUGAACGGUUAAAAAAUGUACUAAAUUGUUUACUAAAAAGUGGUAACUAUAGGUUACAGCAGCCCUUUGGCAAAAGUGUUAUCAGUAAAUAGUUUACUCACGGUUACAUCGCCAAAACACACCUAAACAAUAGAGUUUGCUAAUCGGUCACAGUUGAUCUUCGCAUCAUCAUAAUUCAUUAAUAAUGAAAAUACGUGGUGAUUUUUUUUUUUUUUUUACCGCGUAUUUUUCGUACACAAAGGUACCCAUAAUAUUCGUCGUUAGUGUUUUUCGCGUUUCCGAUGUGACGAACCGAUAAUAUACCUAAUAUACCUGGCUAAUACCAAUUAGGUAUAUAAUCGUCGACCGGACUAUCGGUUUGAUCGGCUUCGAUACACGUACGACAGCAAUCGUAUAUAUGUACGCAAAUUUCCGUACCAUAUACACGCGUUCCGACCGAUGGGCGUAUUUAUUUGACCGGAAUUAGAUUACAAGCCGGUACCUAAAUUACAACGGGAAAAACAAUGUCACGAAUUGGGGCGGUUUUUUUUUUUUUUUAUAUUCGCGGUUAAACGUAAAUAUCGCAUGAAUACCUAUAGAUUAUAUCAGCUAUCGGCGGCGGACGGAGUACAACGUCAUUAAGUGGGUACCAGCUAUGUAUAAUAUUAACGGACAAACGAUGAUAUAAUAAUAAUAAUAAUCGGUCGGGAUCGUUACUCGAAAAAUUACGCAGUUUUUGGCGGUACGGUUCGUUUUUUCAGUGGACAUAAUCUUUCACAUCGGUCAUAAACUCGCGUAACCCAUCAAACCGUCAGUGUAUAAAAACUCCAAGGUCAGAGAGGCCAAUGUACACGAUUCAAAUGUGACCCAUCGUUACAUUAUUCAUAGUUAUACGCCUAAUAUUUGGUUAUUGGUUAUUACUUUUUCCGUGCAAUGUACGAGUUAUAACACUCGAAUAAUUAUUAUUGUUGAAUUUGUUUCGAUAUUGCUCGUGUAUUCUGUACUAUGGUUUACGGUCGUGAAAUGUUAAAAAAUCGAUCGGUGAAUGCUAAAUAGCCGCGAAAAUCGAGCCAACUAUCGGUGUGCCGGUGUGGGUUUUUAUAAUCUUUAUACUUAGUUCUAUCCUAUAUUAUUAUACCGAUAUUAAUCGCAGAUUUAAACGCAGUGGUGCGCGCAGGGCCAUAUUCCUCUCUAAUAGCUUAAAAAUGCAACAACUAUACGUGUCUGUUAAGUAAUUUUAUCUUGAAAUUACCUACGUAUGAACAUUUUAUAGUCAAUUUAAGGUUCUCACACACUGGUGGUGGUGGUGUCAAAGCCGAUGGAGAUGGUGGUUACGGUACUGUGGUACAUUAUAUUAUGUAUUUAAUACUAAGUGCAUGCAUCAUAUCGCCAUGGCGAAACCUGUGGUAGAUCAUGCGAUAAAAUAAAUGUGACGGUAAAUUGUCACAUGACAAAUUUCACUGCUGCGUUGUAGCAAAUUUAAAAAUAUCAAAAUAUAAAUUUCGAUUUUUAGAAAAAUAAAAACUACUGCCACGGCCACAGAGGCGGUGUUCGUGAGACAUUGCUAACCGAAAAUAAUUCAUGA